GCCUAUAUAAAUACCACCCAUCUCGUUCAUUUGCUUGCAUAAUAUAUUCAGCUUCACACCAUGGUGAUCGCGCUAGCUUUCGCAAUUCUCUUGCUCUUUUCCUUCCCAGUCUAUUUCGUUUACCAUCUCCGUCGCUGUCUGCCCUCUUUCAUUCGUGAAUCAACCAUAUGCAGCCAUGUAAUUCUCAUCGCAACGCGUUUGGAAUGGGCACUUGAUUUCAUGCUUCGCUAUUGCCUAUUCCCAAGGUACAAUUUCGCUCCAAACAUGCCAGAAAUUGGUGCAGGGAGGCCCAGUGCACGCGACUACGAGUGGAAGCGAGCAGCGCCGACCGAUGCUGGUGAAUGCCCCGUCUGCCUAUUCAAGGUUCAAGAAGGCGAGGAGAUUGGUCAGUUGAGAUGCAGUCAUGUUUUUCACAGGCUUUGCUUAGAGACAUGGGUCGGAUACUGGAACGCUACGUGUCCCCUUUGCCGAGGUUCUGUAGCCCCAGCCCGAUUGGAUUCUGAACUCGGCAGGGAAGUUGUUGCUUUCGACUUUUGCUCUCUCAGUUCUCGUGACCGCGGUAGAUGGUGGCUCCGUUAAUAAAACCAAGUGACCGUGUGGAAUCAUGCUAUUGCUUAUUGCCUGUUCCUAAACGGCUAGACUACUGGAUUUUCAAUCUGUUUACUUUGGUAUCCCAUUGUUGCUCAGGUGUCCUGUAUUCUAGCAAAUGUUAGGAGUUAAUAAAUCAGCUUU